CAAUCUGUUACAAAAUAAAUAUCAUGUUGACUUUAAAUCAGCCACAAUUCUUUUAGGAUAUAAUUUUUUUGCAGCUUUUUAACUUGAGUUAUUCACUAAUUCUAUGCAAUUAAGAACACUUCAAUAUUCACUCAUACUGCAGCUAGAUGUCAUUACUUGGUUCUUGAGGUAUUAACUUAUUGUAUAUUUUGUAUUGAUUGUUUCUACAUGGUUAAUCACCUCUCCCCACUGCUCAUUAUGAGCUAAUUUUAGUUUCAAAAUAAGUCAAAUUUCUUUUGAUGAAUAUCAUAUCAAAUGAGUUUGUAGGAUGCUUGUGUCAUAAAACUUGGUUCUAACUUCAGUUUUUUAAGUAUUCUAGUUCAAUCAAGCUCAUAAACACACUGCUUGUUAAUUGUAAAUAAUUAAUAAUCUAGUCAUAUAUUUCCUAGCAUUCUUGAGUUUCUAUUAGUCAAAGUUUUUGUUUUAUAUUUUGAAAAGUCCUCACAAUUACUCAGGGCUAUUUCUAGUAAGGCAACUAUAAAGAUAUUAAAACUUUUCACUAUUUCUUAACACAUUCAGUGCAAAACGACCCACAGGCAGGUCAUUUAUUAAAAUGAAUUAAAUUCACAAUUGAAUCACACAUGUUUAUAUUUUUGCUAUUUAUAGUACAUUAUGUUGAGAAUAAAAUGUAGAGGUUUGAAAUAAUAAAAAAUGUGUUUAACUAUUGUAUUUGAAUACUAGAAGAGUAUAUUAAUUACUUCAAAUUAGAAAUUUCAAUUGGUACCUACUCCACAAGAGUUGCACCAGCAGGCAGUUGGCAAUUUCAUUAACUGCAUUCAAUGUAUUAAUCUUUAUCUGCCUACAGAUGUGUGGCUUAUAAAUAUCACCAUCCUGUUAAAGGGUUAAACAAGUCUCCAGUGCUGCACAAUAAUGCCAGCAAACAAUGAAUGAAAAGUUUCACUUAAGCUCAGUGUAUGGAGUUUGCAAUCAUGGCAAGUAACACAUUCAAUUCUGGGGUUGUUGUGCAACCACUUCCUGCUGCUGCCGUGGGGAGAGGCUGCGGUGCUGAGCCAAGCCUCGCUCAUAUUUGUGCUGAUGUUGUUGAAGAUUCAGAUGCUGCUGCUCUUGCUUCAGGCCCUGAAGUUACAACUGAGAACAUCAAGAAAGAGAUGGAGGCUGUGUAUGUGAAAGAGGAGCCAUCACAAUAUUAUGAUGAGGCUUGUUCAAGUGAUCACCCUAGUCCUGGAGGUCAUCAUGACUCACUUCCACCAUCUCAUCAUGACCCACUUCCCCUAUCUCAUCAUGACCCACUUCCACCAUCUCAUCAUGACCCACUUCCUCUAUCCCCAUCUUGCUGGCCUGGCAAGAUGGAGGAGCCGUGUAAGGCUCUUGAUCUACUCGACGCUGGUCCAAGUCCCUCGUUCACUAAUAUUGUAACAAAACAAUUGUGCAGCAGCGGCGAGUCGUCCCCUGCUGUGGGAGCUGCAGCAGCAGCUGGUGGCGCUGGCCUGGUCUCUGCAUCAUCCAGCUCCAAGCAGCUACAUGUUCAGCAUAAACAUCUAACUGAUAGAAAAUUUCACUGCCUUGAUUGCAAAUUUGUUGGUUUUCGAAAGGCUAGCCUAAUAAAUCAUAUUCGUCUCAAGCAUUUUGCAGAAAAAGAUUUCCAUUGCUCUGAGUGCCAAUAUUCAUGUGCCACACAAAACCGUCUAAAUGAACAUAUUCUUUAUAAACACUCAACAAAGAAACCUCAUCAAUGUCCUCAUUGCAUUUAUUCAUGCGUCACACAACACCAUCUAAAUCGCCAUAUUCUUUAUAGGCAUUCAAAAGAGAAGCCUUUUCAGUGUUCACAAUGUGACUAUGCUUGUGUUGCUCAGCAACGUCUUGAGGAACAUAUUCUUCAUAAACAUUCAACAAUGAAGCCUUUCCAAUGUUCAGACUGCGAAUAUGCUUGUGUUACACAGAAACAUUUAAACCGACAUAUUCUGUAUAAACAUUCAAAUGAGAGACCUUUCCACUGUCAUCUGUGUAAAUACACGGGUGUUACUCGUCGAGAUUUGAAUGGACAUAUUUUUCGUAAUCAUUCAGAAGCUAAACCACCUCACCUCUGAGAUCAUAAAUGAUUUAAUAAUUCAUUGUUUAAUUGGAAUUUUUGCCAACUUGGUUAAUUUUUCGUAUAUGAUUUAAUUAUUCAUGAUUUUAUUGGGAUUUUUACCAACUUGGUUAAUUUUUUGGCAGCCACGGUUGAUCGCGGCGUGGUUGUUAUUGAAAUAUUAGUUGUCAUGUUUGGGAUAAAUUCAGAGUUACUUUGCAAAUAAGAAACAAAACAUCCAGUGCAUUGAAAUUGAAGCAGGUAAUGCUUGGUCGUGAUAAUAAGUGGGUUCUUCAAUUGUAUCAUCUUUACAACGCUUCUCUUUAACUUCACUUCUUAUUGUUUGUCUGUCUGCUGCAAAUCUUA